AUGACCGUGGGUUCACCGAGAUCAUCAUUAGUUGCCUCUUUCUCUAGAACCAAUCUCAGAGUCAACUUGGACGGUGUUUCCGUGUCUCCCUCGAGCAAUUUUUGGUCCCAGAACCAGGUGCAAUCGCGACAGAAAGCCGAUUUUGAAGAGGAAAAAUCAUUAGGAGAGCCACAGCUACAGCAGGACAGGAAAGGAACGGAAAUAAUGUCGUUUCAUCUGCUGCCUUACGAUCUGCUCUUGAACAUUGCUUCAUAUCUGGAGUAUGUUGAUGUUCAUGUUCUUCAAUUAACGUGUAAAUCUCUCUACUAUUCCUUCACUACCCGCCCCGUUUAUCGCAAAUUGGCUACUGAUCUUCUGCGUCGGUGUCGACCUUUACCUCUGAAAGGCUUCCAGCGCCCAGGGGAUCUUUCCACCAACCGGCUUAUAUAUUCGGUGAACAAGGCCCAUCAGUACGAACAUGCCUGGCUUGUACGAGCACCCAGGCCGAUUGGCUCAACAACUGCAGCAGCAGCAGCAGCGGACACAGCUCAUGGCUCUGUCAGGACACGCAAUAACUACCUGGAUCUAGAAUCACCUGCAGGAUCAAGUGCGAUAUCAACACCGAAAAAUUGGUACAAGGUCGUACGCGCGCCUCCCGGCGAAGAGGUUGACUGGCUUUCGCCGAUUACGUCUAGUUACACCCUCUGUGCCACAAAAAGCGGCAAAGUCGUUUGCUGGGAUGUACAGUCAGAUACCUGUCUCGCAGAGUGGAAUCCAGGUGAACGGUGGGAACUAUGGAAAUGCAGGGUUGAGUUUGAGGAUAAAAUGGUGUAUUUUACAAUGGCAAAGGUUCUGCAUGGAUCUGCAAGAAACAGCUAUGAUGAUAGCAGAGUUAUGGAAUUCUCGCUCAUGCGGCUCCAAUUCUACGAGAAUGCGCUGGGAAAGAAAACGGCUUCUCCUACAUUCUCCCCUGUUACUUCUUUCAAGAGUGUGGGCGUCGUGAUGAACAUAUUUCUACUCGAUCCUUCCGCCAGACUCCUUUCCGCGUUCGUCUGGGUCUCGAACUCCAACACGAUCGGUCUGUAUGUUCUUCUUGACUGGGAGAAGGAUGAAUACGUAUUCAUCGAUACCGGCAUCGAAUGCGUCAUGUCGUCCAACUGGUCCUGUAUUCUCUUCGAACGGAAUAUCGUUAUUCACUGCGAAGAUUCCGAUGCUGCUUUCCAACACUUUUAUCCAUUGACUCUACUCGAGAGCCAUUCCCGUCGGUUGAAGACAAAGCGAGAGACGCCAACUCUUUCUGGGAGAGUUACCCCAUUUGAAAGUAUCGUGAAAAGAUUCACGUUUCCUGCACCAAGACUUCAUUCUAUCAGACGUCUUACGAAUUUAAACGUGGCUGGGGUGAUACCCAUCACUGUCAUCGAUAGCCAAACAGGCGCAAUUAUCACUGUGACUACUUCAAUAGCAGCCGCUCCUCAUACGUCUACUAUAUCAUCAAACACCAGCACUACCAGUGCUAUCUCGAGUCCUCCAUCAUCCGCAGAAUCCUCGUCCUCUUCCAACUCUACCUCGAUAACCACCCCUUCCUCAUCUUCCCUGAAUACUCCUCCCCCCAUUCAGGUACUCCCUCAACCGGUAGUCCAACCUUCAACCUCAACGCCAUCCAACUUUAAUCCCAACCCAUUCCCAUUCCCUCCCUGGUACCCCGAAUCCGCACAUUUCGUUCGUCAAUGGUGGCCCACUCUCUCCAACGUCCCUAGAAUCAGCUGUACAGUGGUUCUCCUCGCAUCGCACGACCCAAUAACACACAAGACGCGCUUUGUGCUGGCGCAGCAUUAUUUCCGCGUUCCGAUGCGAUGUGCGGAUUGGGUUGGGUUUGGAGAAAGAGGGAAGACUGGAUUAGGAAGGAGGGGGAUGCAUAAUCCUGAUGUGGACGAGGAUGGGGCGGAUGGCGUUGGGAACAACGGAGUGGAUGGGACGAGCAAUGCGACUUACGCUAGUGGCGUGGCAGCUACCGCAGGGAGUAGCAGUAGCAGCAGUAGCACUCCGGUGGCAAGUGUUAGCGCGAUUGAGCAGUCUCUCGGGCCGAUGGAGAUGUAUUUCUUGGAUGGUCCUCCUGAAGGCUCAGUUGUUGCGCCUUUCUACGAGGGUUCGCCAGCAGCAACAGCAUCCACUUCUGUAUUAUCUGCGGGGGUAGAUACAGCUAGCGCAGUUUCACCAAUUGGUUGGACUGUCAAUGGUUCUUCUUCCGGAUCUAGUUGCCAUUCGUCUUCUCCUGAUGGCACCAAUUCGAGUAAGGCAAAAGGCAAAGGCCGUGCUCGCACUGCGGAGGACGAAGACGAAACCACUCCUUCGAUCGAUUCUCAUUCACGCGUCAAAAAUAACACAACCGUCGAAGACGACGCGAUGAGGCUGUGGUACGUUAGUAUUCCGUUCGAGGUCGUAUGUCUCGAGGAUCCGAGCCCCGAAGACGAAGAUGGGGACGGGGUGCAGGAGCGACCGAGACCUUUGGUUGCGGUUGAUUUUGGACAUGCGGUUUGGAUAGAGUAUUAUGAUCAAGAUGGUCAGAGUGAGAUGGCCACUGCUGGUUCCAGGCGGAUGCAUAAUGCGCCUGCCCAGCACCAUGUUGAGCAGCAUCAACACGACGACGGGAAUGUCAUAAUGCAAGUAAUUGGACAUCAACAUGGACACAUCUACGAGAGCGUUGACGAUGAUGAGGAUAAGGACAGCGCACAUAAUUCAGAAACAGAUGUGGAAGACGGUAAAGCAGACGAUGAUUCCGAGACUGCUACCGCUACGGACCCCGAAGAAGUCGGGUUUGAACGAGAAGAGUCGUCUGCAGAGCAAGACGAAAUCCGUGAACAAGAAUUUCAAGAUCAUAAACGACUCAGAUUCGUUACCUUUCCCCCGUUCACUGAUGAUGGUCGGGUCAACGAUAUCCACGGAGGCUGGGGAGGAGCAGAAGUACGGACGCUAGAAAUUCCUCCUGAAUUGGAUUUGCAUAGCGUCGAGACGAUCAAUAUUGACCAGAGCCAGGGGGCAAUUAUUCUUUCGGUCAAGCAAGGGAGGAUAUUUAUUCUUUGUUAUGAAUGA